AUGUUUAACAAAGACAAAUUUAUUAAGUGUAUACAAGACCAUCCCUCGAUAUGGAAAAGGGGUUGUAAAGAGUACACUGAUCGUAAUUUAAAGGAAGACAGUUGGAUUGCUAUAGGAGAAAUAAUGUUCGACGCAUGGGAUGAAAUAUCAGAUGAAGAAAAGCAAGAACAAGUGAAAGAGAUGAAAACUAAAUGGAGACAUAUGAGGGAUAGUUUCGGUAAAUACAUGAAUCAGGUAAAUAAUGGAGAUCCGGUUGUAAAGAAGAAGAAGUAUAUGUACGCCGACGCACUAUCGUUCUUACUUCAAUCGUUAAACAGAAGAAGGAAGUCGGGAAAGGCUACUCAUCAAAACCAAGAAGACGACGGGACCCAAUUCUCUUAUGAAAAUGAUGAAGUCAGUGGAACUGACGAGGAUAUAGUAGAGACUGUGUUACUUACCGAUUUAAUAAAAGAGUCCAAAUCAAAGCUGCCCGCUCUAGAGCCAGGUCUGACGAUCUUAAGAUU